AAAUGUUAUAACGAGUAUUGAGAAAGCGUGCUAUUUUUGAGAUUUGAAAAGUAGAGAUUAUUUUUGGGCAAUUUCCCAUCUCCAUGGCUGUCUGCAAUUUAUCUUUCACUACGAAGUGGAUAGUCCAGAUUUGCGUUAACGAUGAAGAGCCAACUGCUAAGCUCGUAAGUGUUCAAACACAACUUUGUUGGCUGUAGCAAAAUUAGAGCAGCAAUCGAGCGGAGAACAAGGCUUGGACUACGAUUGAAGAAUGUGGAAAAGAGUUCUGUGUUCAAUUCCUCACAGAUCGUUUUCUUCUGCACCAGAAACCCCAUCCCUCUACUCCUUCCUCCAACCCUCCCUUUUUGCCCUAAAGAAAACCCCAUUUUCGCCUUCUCAAGACUCCUCCCACCUCCGUCAGGAUCCAACUCCUCAAAUUUUAACUCCGGAUCGCGUCGCCGCCGUAGAAACUGCCCUCCACAAGUCCCUCCUCACCAGCGACACUGAUGAGGCAUGGAAAUCCUUCAAAUUGCUCACGAAAAGCUCUGUUUUCCCAUGUAAGUCUCUUAUCAAUUCACUUAUUGCCCACUUGUCCUCAAUUGGGGACGUUCAUAAUCUGAAAAGGGCCUUUGCAUCUAUGGUGUUUGUUAUUGAGAAGAAACCUGAACUGUUGGAUUUUGAGUCUGUUAAAGCUUUAUUGGCUUCUAUGAAACGUGCCAACACUGCUGUUCCUGCUCUUUCUUUGAUUAAAUGCAUGUUUAAGAAUCGAUGCUUCGUGCCUUUUAGUGUCUGGGGCAAUGAACUUGUCGAUAUUUGCAGACAGAGUGGGAGUUUGAUUCCCUUUUUAAGAGUUUUUGAAGAGAACUGUAGGAUUGCUUUAGAUGAGAAGUUGGAUUUUAUGAAACCAGAUCUUAUUGCUUGUAAUGCAGCACUUGAGGGGUGUUGCCAUGAGCUUCAAUCUAUAACAGAUGCCGAGAAAGUUGUUGAAACGAUGUCACUUUUGUAUCUUCGGCCUGAUGAAGUGAGUUUUGGUGCUCUUGCUUAUUUGUAUGCAUUGAAGGGGCUUGAACAGAAAAUAAUCGAGUUAGAAGUCUUGAUGGGAAGUUUUGGUUUUACUCGUAAAGUUCUCUUUUUUAGUAAUUUGGUAAGUGGAUACGUUAACGCGAGCAACUUUGCUGCUGUUUCCAAGACUAUGUUGCGUAGUUUAAAAGGUGAAGGUGGAGCACAUGUACAUUUUGGUGAAAAAACAUAUGUGGAAAUGGUUAAGGGCUUUAUUCAAAGUGGAAAUCUGAAGGAAUUAUCUGCAUUGAUUGUCGAUGCUCAGAAUUUAGAGUCUUCAUCAGAAGUUGAUGGAUCUAUUGGAUUUGGUAUCAUUAAUGCAUGUGUUAAUAUUGGAUGGUUGGAUAAGGUGCAAGAUAUUCUGAAAGAAAUCAAAUCCCAGGGAGUUUCUCUGGGCCUUGAAGUCUAUCUGCCAAUCUUGAAAGCUUACCGGAAGGAGCAUCGAACAGCUGAAGCCACCCAAUUGAUCAUGGAUAUUAGCAGUUCUGGGAUUCAGUUGGGUGCAGAGAGUUACGAUGCUUUAAUAGAGGCAUCAAUGUCGAACCAAGAUUUUCAGUCAGCUUUUGCUUUGUUCAGGAAUAUGAGAGAAACAAGAAAAUAUGACACGAAAGCUAGUUAUCUAACUAUUAUGACUGGCUUAAUGGAGAACCAUAGGCCUGAGUUGAUGGCUGCCUUCUUAGACGAAGUUGUUGAAGAUCCUCUUGUUGAAGUUGGAACUCAUGAUUGGAACUCUAUUAUACAUGCCUUUUGCAAAGCUGGAAGACUCGAGGAUGCGAGGAGAACAUUCCGAAGAAUGAAAUUUCUGCAAUUUGAACCAAAUGAGCAGACCUUCUUGUCCCUAAUAAAUGGUUAUGUGUCUGCAGAGAGAUAUUUCUAUGUUCUGAUGCUGUGGAACGAACUAAAGUGGAAGGUUACAGCAAAUGGGGAGAGAGGUAUCAAACUUGACAACAACUUGGUUGAUGCAUUCCUGUAUGCUUUGGUCAAGGGAGGUUUCUUCGAUGCCGUGAUGCAAGUUGUUGAAAAAACUAAGGAUACGAAGAUCUUCAUUGAUAAAUGGAAAUAUAAGCAAGCAUUCAUGGAGACUCAUAAGAAACUCAAAGUGGCAAAGUUGAGGAGGAGGAACCACCGGAAAAUGGAAUCACUAAUUGCUUUCAAGAACUGGGCUGGUCUGAAUGCUUGAGAUUUGAAGCCUCUCUGAUAUGAAAGUCUCAACAAAUGGCAUGUUUUAGAUGCAUGAAUUGGCAAUUUGGUCCGUUUUUAUUCUGAAGUUUACAGCCACAAGCAAUGGUUUCCACUUGAAUUCGGAAAACUGAAGCUACGAUGAAUGUCCCAUAGUUCAUUGUUUGCUGUUUUCCUUGGAUGCUCUGCACAGGGACCUCGAUUAUUUAAUUUUGAAGAUUCUUGUUCAUUAGAGGAAAAAGAGUGUCUGCAGAGUGAAGUCCAUUGUUAAUUACAGUAAUCUGAGGAAUGUCUGCACCAAAACUUGCAGCUUCUGAAAGUUGAAAGACUCGACCUCACCAGAGGAUAUGAUCUGUUGAAUGUAGCAAACAGUCGUUCGGACGUGGUUCAAAAUUUUCAAUUGAGCCAUAACUGGUUUUCUUUAUAUGAGAAGACGAUAUAGAGAUGCAGAAGGAAAGAAUAGCUGAAACUUGAAUGGCUCAGCAGCGACUUGGCAAUAUAAUUUUAAAUGAGUUAAAAUGUAGGGCUAUUUAGAUUGAUUUUCUAAGUACUACAACAGACCUGUAGAGUCUUGGCAUCAUGAUUUUUACUCUACUCUACUUAUCCAUUUUCUGUGUUAUUGUAAUUGUUGUUCGGUAGAGCUGGAGCUUGCUGAACAUAUUAUUAUUGGUAUAUUAGAUGGUAGUAUGUAAGUGAUAGAUGCUCGAAUUAUGAUCUUACUUGUGAUAGAUGCUCGAAUUAUGAUCUUACUUGAACAAGAUAUGUUAUAUUUUGAGAAAUUUGUAUGGAUGACCCAAUUUUUUGGUCCAAA